GGCUCGUUCCGUAACGCUGCGUGCAUUUGGCUGUUGAUUCCUGACGAGGCAGAACAGCCAUUUUGCGAGAGCCGGAGGGCGGCGUUUGCUGCUCUUUGUGGAGGGCACGGCGGUGUGGUUCUUAUGAACACGCUGAGAAUGAGUCUGCCACAAGACAGAAAUAGAAGUUCUUGCAGCAGCGAGACGCUGGCAAAGUGCCUUCAGGCGAGGAAGGACUUGGAAACAGCUAUCUCUGGAAUUGUCAAAGCCGAGCAGCAGAUUAAAGAGAACUGGCGAGAGGUUAAAGCCAAGAUUCACAGCCAUAUCAGCCGCCAGCUGGAAUGCCUGCGCAGCCGUGAGGUGUGGCUGUUUGAGCAGGUAGAUCUCAUCCAGCAGCUGAAGGAGGAGGCGCUGCAGCAGCAAGCUCAGCAGCUCUACUGGUUCUUGGGACAGUUCAAUUGCCUUAUUCAUCAGCUGGAACACUCCUACAACAACGAACUAGCGAACCAGAUUUCAGUUUGCCUGGAGAGACUGGAAAGUCUCACUCUUAAACCAGAGGAGUCUUCUGUCCUGAAUUUUGAGGCUGACACAUCGUACCUUCGCCAGGCCAUUACCUCAUUUGGUUCAAUUAAAACAAUGCAAACCUCAGAGAGAGAGAUAACUUCUCCUUGGUUCCCAGGGCAGAACUGUGCCCUAACAAAUUGUGAGCAGAAAACACUGUGUGGGACAGUGGGCACCUCUCUUGCUGACUGGUUGCUUGGAAGUAGACCUGUGGAUGUUUGUCGGGCUCCAUAUAUUCCCAGCACCAACCUCGAGGAAUGGGUUACCCAAACAUCUAUGUCAGAACCCAGCCAGGAUUUAAGCUCUUCCAAAGUCUGCUAUUUUGAGAAAGCCUGGGGAAACUUGAAAGAUUUGGAGAACUGGCUCCUGCGCAAUCAACAGCAUGAUGCCCCUGGUCACAAGGAAUCCACCUUGACUUCCAGCUCAUCCUUCUCCAUGGAAAAAAAGGUGGAGGAAUUGGAAUCCCUUGUGCAAGAGGAGGUGGACCUUUCUGACUGGCUGCUUACACCUGGCGUGGCAAACGGAGGUGGUGCUUCGGAUGAGAAGUGGAAGUAUGAAUUUAAACCUUUUAGGGAAGAAUUUGAUUGCAAUGAUUGGCUCCUCAAAGCUGAAACGUGCACCAGUUGUCGUGGCAACCAGAACAAAAGUGUGGAAAUUGAGAACCUGGGAAACCUGAAGUGCCUGAAUGAGCAUCUUGAUGGAAAGAAGUUACCCACUACAUCUGCUGUAAAUGCCUGGCUUCUUCAGCACCCCCAGGCCCCUUUUAAAAUGGAAGACGUGUGCAAAGCGAACGAGCUGUGUAGCAGCUUCUCAGAAUGUGUGUGUGAUCAAAACUGUGGAAAAGAGGCUCUGUGUAAAUGGCUUCUGAAGAAAGAAGGGAAGGAUAAAAAUGGAGUUCCAGUAAGCCAGAAAGCUGUACCGAACCCAGAGCACGAGAAGCCAAAAUCUCUUGUCAGUUCCUGGCUUAACCCUUCACAGCAGCUCGCAGGGGAACCCGUUAGUGCCGAGAAAGUGGAUCAUUCAGCAGAGAUAGCAGAACCCUUCAAAGUGUUGCUUGAAAGGCCUCUGACAAGCUGGCUAGCCAAGGCUGAGCACAAGGCAGAAACAGCAGAUGAAAAGGCAAGCAGAGAGAAAGUAAAUAGUUCCAGGAGUCCCUUUGUGGACCUCUUGGCUCCAUUCCACCACCCCUUGAACGUAAACAGUUGGGUGUUGGCUUCAAACAACCUAGAAAAUGGUAACCCGCCUCCAGUGGAAGAUAAAUGGCUCCUACACAAGAAAGCACAAGAGUUCGGCCUUCCUACGGUUUGCGACCUGUUUGCCUGCAUGAAACUCAAUGGAGAUAAAGAGAAAUGGCUGUAUCACACCGCUCUGCAGAUGUGAAGAACUGGAGGCUCUGGGAUUGUCCCCUUCCUGCUGACGAAUGGCACAUCAUGCUGAGUGACUGCAGCCAGCUGAGUUCUGGUGUUGGUGUUUGGCGGUCUGCUUUCUCUUGGGAAAUUAUAACAGAAAUAUUCAUAUAACAGAGUUAUGGUGCAAAAUACGUCUUUUUGUUAUGAUUGAUUUUUGAAACGUAAACCCACCCAGCAUAAGCAAUCUGACACUAUAGAGAUAUUAGUCAAUUCAUAUGUUAUGGGAUUACCUGCAUCUUCUUUAAUGGGCUCUCACUUGAAGUGUAUUGAAAGCAGUGCAAAUAUAAAGCAAAUUCUCUGUGGUGCUGUGAAUCAUCCACCCCUGCCAUCCACUUCAGAAACGUCGCAUUUCCAUUCAGCUGCCACAGCGUCCACGAGUUGGAUUCUCGCUUACUGGGGUUGCCAGGUAGCAUAGACUGUGCUUGGAAUUGUUUUCAAUUGAGCAGUUGCUAAUCAUAAAGGUUUCUUUUGCAUCUUAUAUUGGUGUGUCUCCCAGCUGAGUAUGCGUAGUCUAAAUGUUGAAUGCCUCAGUUUGUGGAGCCUGGCACAUGACAGGAUUGUCGGUAACAUGGUUUUGACAUGAAGCUUUUUGAGCCCUUCAGAGGGACAAAGGAAAAACAGAGUCGGGUUGAUGGGCUUUUCCAGAGCGUUGGCUUUCAUGCAUCAGUAGAGCCAGAACCUCCUGUGUCCGCAGCAUUUAGUAACUACUUGAAUUUCAUGGCAAGAACUGUGAAAUACUUGUGCACAUGUUUUAGGUAAGUCAUGAUGAACCUUUAUUGACUAAGCAGGCAUCAUUGCCAUGUGGCAUUUAAAGGUAAUGUCUGAGGAAUGAGAUUCCUUCCCUUCAGAUUGGCUUUUAGUUACUUUUUAACUGGGAAGCACCGGCUUUGCAAACUAUUGGUCCCGCUGUCUGAUCAAUUUUAAUGUCUUAGCUGUGAAAUCUCUUACUGUUUUGAGUAUGGAAGUGGGGGCUCCGGUAAUUCUGCACCUUAGAGCCAUGGACGUGCAGCUCAGGAGGUAUUUGACACUUGGAGUUUGUAGGAAGGAAAGCGAAGCUGGAUGGCAAUGUGGAUCAGGCCCGUCAGUUGGCGUGAGCUUCUACUCACCUCAAACUUAGCGACUUAAAAAGCUUCUCCUUUUCCCUAUGGCUGAAGCCUGGCUCACAGUUCAACUGAUUUCACUUCCUUACAGUGCUGUGGAAGUUAACAAGAUCCGACCUCAUUGUGUGCGCACACGUUGCUGUCUGAUACAACCUGUGUAUUUGUUCCAGUUUUGGGGCUGAGGGGCAUUUUGCACACCUGGAACUAGACCCCAAAUGGGCUUGAUGUCAGUGGACCACUACCUACAGGCUUUUAUACUUCAAUAGCUGGAGCUUGCAACUGAAAGCAGAAAGGUGUUUCUGAAGUUCACUUUGCCUUUGAACGUGUCUUUGUUGCAUGGGAAGAUGUACUACGACCAGCUCCAAUAGCAGCCUAAUUUGAUUAGCAGUUGAACUUAAUGAAGGUGAUUGAAGUGCAGCCCAUCUCCUGUAAUUCCUUGUAGUCAUUGUGUGCUACCUUAUCAGUUCAUUAUGAGCCUUUAAACCUUGGGGGUAUGUAUUCCUUUACUUAUUCAACUGACUUAUCACUAAUUGAUAUUUAUGUAAAACAUUAGUCUUUUCCAUUAAAAUAAUUGCAGCCAA